AUGUCUUUCUCAUGCACGGAUCCCAAUGGAUGGCGGGAAAUCAUGAAGCCUGUAGAAAAUGGCGAUACCGUUAACAUCAACUAUCAAAAUAGCUGGUUAGGCUUCUCCCUCUCCCCACAAAUGAAUAUAGUUGUUCCUUCACACUCUCAUCAAACACAGCCUUCAUCUGCUGCUGCUGAAACAGUUCCACCAACAUAUUAUCACUAUACACCUCUUCAUAACUAUGGACUCCAAGGUGAACAUGUUGGAAUGUGUUCUUCCUUGCCUAUCAUGCCCCUUAAAUCUAAUGUCUCACUCUAUGGAAUAGAAGCUAUGAGCAGAUCACAAGCACAAGGUUAG